AUGGCCUCUACUAUCGGACGCUAUCCAACGCAGACGAUCAAUCAAAAGGCUGCACUAGCCUCUGCCUACAAUGAGCUAGGUAAAGAGCUCGGAUCCACCCGUCUCAAAGCCAUCGGCAACUACACCCUCGGCCGGACCAUUGGCCAAGGUACCUUCGGCAAGGUCCGACUGGGUACUCAUCGUCUCACAGGUACACGCGUGGCAAUCAAACAGAUUCCCAAGGCCCAUUCUGCCUCUCUCACCAGAGAGAUUCACCACCAUCGACGUCUUCACCACGCUCACGUCAUGAAGUUGUACGAGGUAUUGGCGACCGAAUCAAACAUCUGGAUGAUCUCCGAGCUGUGUUCUGGUGGAGAGCUGUACGACUACCUAGUAGAACGCGGCACUCUCUCUGAAUCUGAAGCUCGACGUGUCUUUGGUCAGCUCUGCCUCGCCGUAUCUUACGUCCACGGGAGGGGAAUUGUACAUAGGGAUCUCAAGCUGGAGAACGUGCUACUGGACGAGAGGUGUAAUGUCAAGCUGGGAGACUUCGGCUUCACGAGAGAGUACGAGGGAAGGAGAUUGAUGGAGACGUUCUGUGGGACCACGGGGUAUGCUGCGCCAGAGAUGCUGGCGGGCAAGAAGUACACUGGACAAGAAGUGGACAUCUGGUCGCUCGGCAUCAUCCUCUAUGCGCUCCUCUGCGGCUCUCUUCCCUUUGACGACGACGAUGAAAACGCCAUGAAGAUGAAGAUACUUCAAGGAGAUUUCGAGCUGCCCGAUACACUAUCGGAAGAGGCUCGAAACUUGGUCUCAAGCAUUCUGCGAAAGGAGCCUACUGAGAGACUGUCCAUCAGGGCUAUACUUGGCCAUCCCUGGCCGGCAAGAUUUGCCAGAGUCGCAACGUUCGCAGGCAGAAGCAGCUACACCGGGGGUAUCUUUGACAAUUCCAAUGGCCAAGACUGCUUCUGCCUCGUCUUCGUCACUGGUGGACGGAGACAAUCCCUUAAGUGA